UUCCUCUUGCAAGCAUGCCCUGUUGCCGCCUUUGGUAUUGGAUAUAAGAUAAAGCCCAGCCCAACCCUUCUCGAGCAGAGCAAGCCGCUAUACGUUAACUUUUCUAAAUUUCACCAUCUAACCCACAAUGCUGUCCACCGAGCACCCCAGUGAGCCGGGUCCCACUUCACUGGGCGGGCCAAAGGCCAUCUCCUCUCCCGUCGACAGCUGCUACAUCCUGCGAUCUAUCCCAAGCCGCCUUGUUCACAAGCGUCAUCCCCUCGAGCCUCAGGUCACCGCCGACGUCGAAGGAUGGUUCCUUCAGCACUGGCCGUUUGAGAACGAGAAGGCGCGCAAGAAAAUCGGCACCGAUGGAUACUCCUAUGCCACAUGCAUGAAUUUCCCGCUUGCCCUGGACGACAGGAUCCACUCGGCCUGCCGCCUCAUUACAAUUUUGUUCCUGAUAGACGACCUCCUCGAGGACAUGAGCUUCGAUGACGGCAAGGCCUACAAUGAACACCUUAUGCCAAUCAUGUCUGGCACUGCCGCACCCAACCCAUCCAUCCCGUGCGAGUGGAUGAUGCACGAAAUCUGGGAGGAGAUGCGCAAGUCCGACCCCGUCCUGACCGAGCAGAUGCUCGAGCCUACCUUUGAUUUCAUGCGCGCCCAGACAGAAAAGUCGCGGAUCGAAACCACCGGCUUAGGCCGCUAUCUUGAGUACCGUGAGCGGGACGUGGGAGGAGCGUUCUUACUUGCACUGCAACGCUACGCUAUGAAUCUGCAUCUCUCGCCUGCGGAACUCGAGUCCGUACACCCACUCGAACAGAUCUGCUCCAAGCACCUAGCGGUCAUGAACGACGUCUACAGCUUCGACAAGGAGCUGCAGCAGGCCGAGAUGGGUCAUCUAGAGGGCUCUUGUCUGUGCAACGGUGUUAAGGUCUUGGCCGACGAGAGCGGCCUUGAUUACGAAGCCUCAAAGCGUGUUCUCGCACUUAUGUGCAGAGAGUGGGAGGUCAUGCAUAAGGAGCUUGAGAAAAAGAGCCUCAAUGAGGGCUGUGGAGAACACAUAGCGAGAUACAUAAGCGGGCUAGAGUAUCAGAUGUCGGGAAACGAGUACUGGAGUGAGAAAACACAACGGUACAAUAAGAAGUAGGGAGGGAUUUGAUCGAUGGAGUCUGAGUUUUCUCAUGAACCGGAUUGGUUCGCCUACUGCUUAGGGUAGGUAGCUUGCUCUUAGGUAGACCUAUGAUAAUUUUGUCUUUGCUCUUAUACUCGUUGUUUUGAGGUUUUCGUUCGGUGGUAUAGUUACAGCUUGCCUGGUCCUGUUUAGCCUGAUUUCAAGUUUGUUAGUACAUGCAUUGUAACUUGACUCUCGCUCCG